UGGUGGAUGAGAGUCAACAGUGGAGACGGUGGGGAGAAAGUGUGUUUUAGCUAGGAACCCGCUAGCUGCAUUACGGCGAGAUCCUCCCCGUCUCUUGCAGACAGAAAGGGGGCGAAGAAACGCAGCUGAAUAUCUUCCUCUAUUGGCAACACUGUCUGCCUGUGAUGAUAUUAACAUUAUUUGGCUGAAGACGAGGAAUAUAACGGGGGACCCCUUUCCACCAGCGCAGUCGCCAUCUCCAGCGCACAGACCGUGUCUUCCUUACGAUGGGAAACGCUGCUACCGCCAAGAAAGGCAACGAAUUAGAGAGCGUGAAAGAGUUUUUAGCCAAAGCCAAAGAGGACUUCUUACGGAAAUGGGAAUGUCCACCACAGAGCUCCGCCGGGCUAGAUGACUUUGAGAGGCUGAAGACUUUAGGCACAGGAUCGUUUGGCAGAGUCAUGCUGGUCAAACACAAGGGAACAGAGCAGUACUACGCUAUGAAAAUCCUGGACAAGCAGAAGGUGGUGAAGCUGAAGCAGAUAGAACACACACUAAAUGAAAAAAGAAUCCUGCAAGCUGUUUCCUUCCCCUUCCUGGUCAGAUUGGAGUUUGCUUUUAAGGACAACUCUAAUUUAUAUAUGGUGAUGGAGUACGUACCAGGGGGAGAGAUGUUCUCACACCUCAGACGGAUCGGAAGGUUCAGUGAACCUCACGCUCGAUUCUACGCAGCGCAGAUCGUCCUGACCUUCGAGUACCUGCACUCUCUGGACCUCAUCUACAGAGACCUGAAGCCUGAGAACCUUCUAAUCGACCAGCACGGAUACAUCCAGGUGACAGAUUUUGGCUUUGCCAAGCGGGUGAAGGGCAGGACCUGGACGCUCUGUGGAACGCCGGAGUACCUGGCGCCCGAGAUCAUCCUGAGCAAGGGCUACAACAAAGCGGUGGACUGGUGGGCCUUGGGGGUGCUCAUAUACGAGAUGGCAGCAGGGUACCCCCCGUUCUUCGCUGACCAGCCUAUCCAGAUCUAUGAGAAAAUCGUGUCCGGCAAGGUGCGUUUCCCCUCCCACUUCAGCUCAGACCUGAAGGAUCUUCUGCGGAAUCUGCUCCAGGUGGACCUCACCAAGCGCUACGGCAACCUAAAAAACGCCGUCAACGACAUCAAAACCCACAAGUGGUUCGGCACCACAGACUGGAUCGCCAUCUACGAGAGGAAGGUGGAGGCACCCUUCAUCCCUAAAUGCAGAGGUCCAGGAGACACCAGCAACUUCGACGACUAUGAGGAGGAAGACAUCCGCGUGUCCGUUACAGAAAAGUGCGGCAAGGAGUUCUCUGAGUUUUAGAGGAGAGCCAGGUCACGGCAGGCUGGAGGUGGGGGCACAUGCAGGAGUGUACGGAGGAGCCUGGCAGUGACCCCUGACCCCUGACCCCUGACCCCUCCACUGGGCCCCAGCGUCCGGCUGAGAGAGGUGGCCUCUCAGUCCCUGUCUCUGCUUACUCCCUCCCCACCCAUACUCCACCCAUACUCCACCCAUACUCCACCCAUACUCCACCCCUACUCGAUCCAUACUCCACCCGUACUCCACUACAGAUUGGCGGCAUUACAGAGGCCAAACUCCACCCUCACUCAGCUACUCCUCCAGUCUCAACGUUUUAGCAUCGUUCAUGCCCCCACGCCCCCGGACCUGCCCCCACGUCCCCGGACCUGCCCCCACGCCCCAGACCGGCCCCCCACCCCCCCGGACCUGGGAGAGGGAGAGGGAGAGACAGGGAGAGAGAGGGAGAGUGGUGUCAGCUUCUAUGUAUUCACAGCUCAUGGGUUUUUGUCUGUUACAUGUCAGAAUAUUUUUUCAUCCUUUCAUCCCCCCUCCCCCAUUUCAGCUUGUGGUUUUUAUUUUCCCUCCGUCAGAAUCAUUAAUAAUGACCCCUAUAUCGAGGGUUAGGGUUACAUUAAUGGCAUUUGGGUUAGGGGUCAUUAUUAAAGUGUCAUUAAUAACACUCUGUGAAAAUACAAUCAUGUAAAGAACAUUUCAGGGGCCCCAAGAAAACUACAAACAAAUAUCUGGGUUUUGCAAGAAAAAAAGUGCUCUUUGCAUAACCUCAAUUUGCGCUGAACCUGAAGCCUCAUCUCUGAAGCACUGAAGCUGAUCUCCUUUAGGAGUUCAGCACUGUAGCUGGUUUCUCCAGUGAUCUAAAAUUCAAUAUUCACAUUUCAAUAUUCUGCAGUUUCUUACUCCUGUUUCUCUCCUGCUUUGGUUGAUAUUUUUAUGACCGAAUGUAGCUGCAGGUGUGUGUGCACGUGUGUCUGCGUGUGCUGGUGCGUGCAUGCGUGUGCGUGUGUGUGCGUGUGUGUGUGUGUGUGUGUGUGUGUGUGUGUGUGUGUGUGUGUGUGUGUGUGUGUGUGUGAGUGUGUGAGAGUGUGUGAGAGUGUGUGCGCGUGUGUGUGCGUGUGUGUGUGUGAGAAACUGACUUUGGGGAUGGGUCAUUCAUGCUCCCUCUCUAACCGAAUUUCCUAAAGUCUGACACUCAGUUACUGUAAUUCACUUUUCAACUUAUUUCAUAUGACUGUCAUUUUUGUUUUUAUUAUUUAUACACAGUAGAGAGAUGCGGUUUAAAAAGUAUUUUUAAAUGGUAAAAUGCUUAGCUGUUGCUUCCUCUGAAAGAUUCAAAACCCAGGGACAAAGAUGACAGCGCUGGUGUCAGAACAUAGCCAAGGAACUGACCACUCCGGGGUUUGUUUAUAUCUGUGGUACUGACUGCUCUGCGAUCAGUUUAUAUCUAUGGUACUGACCACUCUGAUCAGUUUAUAUCCAUGGUACUGACCAUUCUGGGGUUGAGUUUAUAUCCAUGGUACUGACCACUCUGGGGUUGGUUUAUAUCCAUGGUGCUGACCACUCUGGGGUUGGUUUAUAUCCAUGGUACUGACCACUCUGGGGUUGGUUUAUAUCCGUGGUGCUGGUGAUCCCUGGCAGGCAGUGUGGAUGAGUGGUUUUACAGUGCGCCUUCUGUAGCCUCUGACAUCCUGACUGUGAGCUGGGUCUCCAGCUCUUUGUGUCUUUAGUUUGUUGGAUAUUUUUGCACAAAGUCAUUAGACGGCUGACCCUGAAGAGACAUUGUGCUCCUCUGUAUUUACCUGUGUGUAAGGGAAGUAUCAAAUACUUUGCUGUAGCAGAUUUUAUGUAACAUAUAUAUAUAUAUGUGUAUAUAUAUAUAUAAUAUGUAUAUAUAUAUGUAUAUAUAUAUAUAAUAUGUAUAUAUGUGUAUAUGUGUGUAUA